ACUCCCUCCCAUUCUUACAUUAGUUGCUCACAAAGAUCAGCCAGUCCUUUCUGAGCUGCAGUUCCUGAAGCGUCUGCUGGUGAAAAAUAAAUUAUCAUGUAUCAGCCAGAUAAGGGGUACCCAUCAACGGCUCCAUCAUACCCACAACCAGGUUAUGGAGAAGCUUAUCCAGCCCCACCACCAUACGCAGCUGGAGGGGCACAGCCCACAGUAAUUGUGGCUCCUGCUGUAACUACAACAGUGAUCAUGUCCUCAUUUGCUGACACGCCAACCUCAUGUACCUGUCCUGUCUGUCGCCAGAACAUAGUGACACGUGUAGAAUAUAACUCUGGGCUCCUAACCUGGCUUAUCUUUGGCAUCCUGUUACUGAUUGGUUGCUGGCUUGGAUGCUGCCUCAUUCCUUUCUGUGUGGACGGCUGUAAGGAUGUGGACCAUUUUUGUCCCAACUGCAAUCAUCACCUAUCAAAAUACAAAAGGCUUUGAGUACGAUCCCUAAACUGUGCAAGAAAAAUACCUUCUAUUAUAAGGUUUUACAGCAACAAGUUAUAUUCAGCAUAUGAAUUAUCACCUUAUUU